AUGGUCCAACAAUACAAGCUCAAGAACGUCUCGUCCUUCGCAGAUGUCAAGGAAUUGGAUAAGGUUGAAUGUGAAGUCGAAGGCAUCGAAGAGGGCAAGGUACUCCUGGUUCGUCAUGAUGGCCAGGUUCAUGCUAUGACCCCCAAAUGUACCCAUUACGGUGCACCCCUGAAACUCGGUGUGGUGGCCCCGGAGGGUCGCAUUACUUGCCCAUGGCACGGAGCCUGCUUCAAUGUCGUCACUGGUGAUGUCGAAGAUGCUCCGGCCCCGAAUGCCCUCAAGAAAUUCGAAGUCUUUGAAGAGAAUGGUGCCGUUUACAUCAAUGCAGAGGAGUCCGACAUCAAAGCGGCUCAGCGGGAUCCUGCAAUGAAGUGUAAAUCGUCCGACUCGGAGAGGCUGGUCGUCGUUGGCGGUGGAAGUGGUACCUUCGGUGUGGUCCAGGCGAUCCGUGAAUUGAAGUACAAUGGUGCCGUGACCGUAAUCACUCGGGAACCUAAUCUCAUCAUCGAUCGGACCAAGCUGUCCAAGGCGUUGAUCGCCGACCCCCAGAAGAUUCAGUGGCGACCCGAGGAGUGGUAUAAGGAAGCCUCCAUUGAAUUCGCCCACGAUGACGUGACUGGUGUCGAUUUUGCAAAGAGGACAGUGUCCACCAAGUCGGGCAAGUCGUACCCCUACACCAAGCUAGUCCUGGCUACGGGAGGCGUGCCGCGCACGCUUCCCUUGGAGGGAUUCAAGGAUCUGGGUAACAUCUUCGUGCUUCGCACCAUUCCCGAUGUGCAGGCUAUUCAUCAGGCGCUGGGCGAGCAGAAGAACAAAAAGGUUGUCGUCAUCGGCAGCUCUUUUAUUGGUAUGGAGGUAGGCAACUGCCUCGCGAAAGAGAACGAAGUCACCAUCGUCGGCAUGGAGAAAGCCCCCAUGGAGCGGGUUAUGGGCGAGCAGGUUGGCUGCAUAUUCCAAAAGAACCUGGAGAAAGCAGGUGUCAAGUUCAAGCUGGACGUGGGUGUCUCUAAAGCGACACCGUCGAGCUCUGAUUCUAGCAAGGUUGGGACGGUUCAUCUCGAUGAUGGCACCGAGCUGCAAGCCGAUCUGGUCAUCCUCGGUGUUGGCGUGCGUCCCGCAACCGACUUCCUCAAUGACAACCCAGCAAUCACUCUUGAGAAGGAUGGAUCUAUCAAGACGGACGAGCACUUCGCCGUCAAGGGUCUGAACAACGACGUCUUUGCCAUUGGCGACAUCGCGACCUACCCAUACCACGGACCCGGUGCUGACCAGGAGAACGGCAGCUACACCCGGAUCGAGCACUGGAAUGUAGCUCAGAACGCUGGUCGUGGCGUCGCCCGCGCCAUCGUUCACAGCCUGAAAGCUGGGUCGCUGCAGUCCCUGAAGCCGAAGGCAUUCAUUCCGAUCUUCUGGAGUGCUCUGGGCGCUCAGCUGCGGUACUGCGGUAGCACAGUGAACGGGUGGGACGAUUUGAUCCUGCACGGAGAGCCGGAGAACGGAAAAUUCGCGGCCUACUACACCAAGGGAGAGACGGUAGUGGCCGUGGCGACGAUGGGUAUGGAUCCGAUCAUGGUGAAGUGUGCGGAGUUGAUGCGGCGGAAGAAUAUGCCGACCAAGUCGCAGAUCCAGGGUGGGGCGGACGUCUUGGCUGUCGAUGUUCCUUCUUCAGUGAGGAUUUAA